AUGGAUACCCCACAUGCUGCGGUGGGCUGGGUCGAGUCUCUGACCAAGCAGCCGCCGCCGUCGCCCGACGCAUCGCUAUGUACGUACCUCCGCGACGGACGAGUCCUGUGCAUGCUGGCGAAUGCGCUGAGUGAAACCAACGAGGUGCGCGUCCGACCUCGUGACCGGUUCCGCACGUACCACGCCCUCGAGAGUGUGUCGUUGUUCCUGCGGUGGGCGCGGGAUCGUGCGUUGAUAGACGACAACGCCAUGUUCACGUCUGCACAGCUCAUCGACGAGCAGGACGAAGUCGCGGUGUUGGCGUGUCUGCAGGCGCUGGAAACCAAAUUCAAACCCAAAUCGAAUCGUGCGUUGCCAAACAAACACGGCGAGGUCAGCAAGCACGAGUCGAGUGUCAAGACCACCAGUACCAGUACCACCACCACAACGACCACCACCAGUACAAGUACCGCGUCAGUCGUACCUACAGCGAUCGACCCCGUCAUGGCGACUCUACCCACAGCAUCAAAGACGACAUCUACCACGUCACCCCCUCAAGUAACCAAAGCGACCUUGGUUCCACCGACUCCACCAUCACCGCCAUCACCGCCGCCGCUAUCGUCGUCUCCUCAUGUGAAGCGAUCACCAGUACCACUUCGAACCGCCUCAUCCGCUAAGCCGAGCAGCCAGCCGACACCAAAAGUUGCCAUGAAGACGCCCACCACCACCACCAUCACACCACCAUCAGCAUCAUCUCCCGGAACCCCAUCAUCCACGAAAGCUUCAUCCGUGGCCAAAUCCAAGUCCAAACUCACUUCGUUCCUUGCGAUCCCUAACGCACCCGCUACCGUCCUCAAAGCUCCUCAACCGCCGACGAAUCGCCAUGUGACACCGAACCACACGCUGUCUCAGGGGGUUUCCCUUGCGGAUAGUCUCACGGAAAAGGUCGAGGCUACCACCUCUCCUAAAUCUCGAUUGAACCCCUCAAGCCCCGUAACCUCUGCACCAGGGGUAGCCACCACCACCACCCAGAAACCAUCAGCAGUAGCAUCGCAAUCCCCGUCAAAACUCGGUCCAUCUGCCCUUCAAAAGAAGGGCCACUUUGCCGGCGGCGGUGGAUUCGCGUUUGCAUUUGCCGCCGACACCAAAUCUGUCGUCAUGCUCGUGCACAACCAACUCAUGUGGCCCCACAUGGCACUUGAGUCGGUGAAUAACGUCCGGAUAAACAGCGGACGGAUGUCGUUAACGGAGUGGCAACUAGCGUUUCAAGCGUUGUCCCCGCCUAUGGACCCUCUCAAGGAGUAA